GGUGCGGUGGAGUACCCAGCCAAGCAGCCACCGCACCUUACCAUGGGACGCGGCAGUGGCCCGAGUCCGGGCACGGAGGGCGAACGCGAGCAGUAGAGGCAGGAGCCGCGAGGUAGGUCAUGGACGAUGGCGACUUCACCUUCGCCGCCGUCCCGCCGCCUCUUCUGGCCGCGGGUGGCGGCGGCGGCCGCAUGGGCGCGCUGUACCCGGUCUUCGGCCGGCCGAGGUCCCCGCCUCGGCCGCCUGCUCCGGAGCCGGCGACGGCCACUGCGCGGGUGCCGCUAGGACGGCUCCUGCUGGUGGGCAGGGACCCGGCGCCGGCGCAGCAGCCGCCCGCGGACGACGACGACGACCUCGACUCGGUCCCGGCGGAGAUGUACUGCCCGUGGUCCCCCGGGUGGUCGGCGGCGGCGUCCCCGGCGCGGUGCAAGAAGAGCGGCUCCACGGGGUCGGUCCUCCGCUGGCGGCCGCGGCUCGUCGGGCGGAGCCAGAGCGACGGCAAGGAGAAGUUCGUGUUCCUGAACACCACCGGCGCAGCCCCCGCCCGGCCCGGCCGUAAGGGGAGGAGCGGCGCCGGCGGUGCCGCAGCCGCCGCUCUCGGCGGCCACGCCUGGAGCUACUACGCGGGCGGCGCCGGGGCCGGCAAUGGCGCGCGCCGGAGGUCGUUCCUGCCGUACAAGCAGGACCUCGUCGGGCUGUUCGCCAACGCCACCGUGUUCCGGCGCAGCUACCACCCGUUCUGACGACGUGGCGUACAUAUACACUCCUGAUGUGGUUCUACCCUAUCUCUAUCUGCAUACAUAUGUACACGAAUACGUAGUAACGUAGAGUCGUUAUUAAGUCGGUGUGGUAUACUUUGUUCUGAAAUUGAUUGGUAACUUUUGCUGGUUUGUUUGUUGAUAUGAUCAUCGGUUUAUAUAUAAUCACACCAUCAGUGUAACUGAGCUUGUAGCAGGACAGCGGUGCAGUGUGUUAGCUAUGUGCACACUCCGUUUUUAUUUAGCACUCUAGAUUUCCUUUUCCUGUCUUUCUUGUAGAACAGAGAUAUUUUGGACUAUAGCCUAGAGCAAGUAUUAUGAUGGGCUAAAAGCA